GGAUAAUCAAUUUUCACAUCGGAAAUCAAACGGCCUAGCCACGAAGUCAGCCUAAUCACGAAAAAACUCAUUCUCUCCUUAAAUGCUCAUGAUAUAUGAUUUCGUUCAUAACAAGAUAUCACAUGAAUUACUUGUCUAUCGCAGCGACGUUCACCGGUAUUGUUUACCUCUCAGAAGUGUAAUUCAGCCCAAUAUUUAUCGGUAAUACUUCUUGACUUUUUAUUGAAUUUUCACAACGAUCGCUAUCUGUUACAUUAAACGAACCCUGUCGCUAUCCCUAUCCCUAUACAAGAAUGAAGGUCGACGUGAUCAAAAAAGAUGGCAAGAUCAUCUUCCUCGAGGCGGGGAAUGACUUCGCGGACAUGCUGGCCAACACCUUAAAAGCCUCUCUAGGUUCUAUCGCGUCUCUGUCGGAUGCUGGUGGCUUCGGCACCCUGGCUAAGUCGAUCAGUGAGUUGCGAGACCCGGUUUUUCUGGAAGGCAACUCGUCGAAUGCGAAAAAGGUGACAUCGCUGGACAUUUCGGAAGCUUUUUCCGAUGCGGUCGAUUGUUCUCAAAUGCAGGUGCACCGCAAUUCAAGCUGCACAGUGAGCAACGAAUGGAAACGCGGAGGACAGAUGGGAUGCACCUUCACGAACAGUUCGUCGUCCUACUACUACGGAAUUUGUUUUGACGAAGUCGCCGACUUCGAGCUCUCUGUGACAGUUUCGCAAAAUGUCAAUAUGAUGCUUGGCUUCUUCCCGGUACCAGCAUUGCUGGCGAAAAAUCUAGUCAAAGAGCCCAGCAAGCAGCAUUCGGGUUUUUUUGUGCAGCCGAAGGAUGGAGGGAACGUGACUGUGUAUUCCCCGCAAGCUAAUUCUGGGUCAUAUUCCUCGCAAAGCAAGGGGACAUCAGUCUUCUGCCACAAUGAAAACGGGAAUGAAUAUGAGCUGCGCAUUCGUGUCUCCACCAAAGGUUCGGGAAGUGGUAUGCGCAUAUUUGAAGUGUCGAAGACUGCGGGCACAGAUUGGACGCAGUUAGCUUUCUCGCAGAACCUUCCGACGAGUGACAAAAAAAUUUCUCCAGCUGUUUUGUUUUGUGGGAGUGGGCAGUUCUUGAACGUAACACUGACACCGAAAAAGCCGAGCCUCUUUAUGCAUACUGUAACUAAUUGGUUACUUCCAUUUUCAGUAAGACCAUGCGAAUCUGCUGAGUAAUAUCACUCAAUAAUUCAGACGAUGGUCUUGCAGGAUGGAAAGAGCCACAUUCAUACUUCUGCAGGACCCUGUCUUUCACCCCUACUGCAAGUUUUUAAUCAGCAACAGUCUAGCCACCUGUGAAAGCUCGUCGCUCAAGGCUUUCGAAAUUCUGCGUCAGUGUGGCGCCAAGGAUGCCGACUCCGUGCAGGUAACAACAGUUACUGUCACUAAGGAGAUUCUCUGUCGCCUGAUCGCACGCGCAAUGUUGGGCAAAUCUGAUGUUCUCGAGUACGCCUUUGGUGGCGCUGCAGGCAGUGGCAGCCGUUCUAUGAGUUUGGGUCGCGGCGGCGCCUAGAGAAAGUGCAACAGCGGCGCGAUUGUUAUAAUAUGCCGCAGAGAUGACGAUGACAGUAAAGAAGUAUGAGCUUAUUGAAUUUUUCGAUAGUACACAUAAAAAAAUGGGGAGGAAAGCAAGCAAUAUCUCUUGCCUGAUCAAGGUAUAAUGUACUCGACUGACAAAUCGCCAUGAAGUAACACUUGAAGACUUUGAGCAGAGAGCUUCUAUUUGUGAAAAUCAGAAGAAAGUGAAAAUUCAAAUGAUCCAUCAAUAUCAGUGUAGUCAUUAAUCACAAGGCGGGUUACUGCUUAACCAGGUGGCUAUUGAGAUAUUUUGACUUCAAUGUUGUUUCGUGUGCGUGUGAGUGAAUCAAGACAUCUUACGCUACUGAUAGGUGUGCGUCUUUCUCAGGGCACGUAUAGUAAAUUGUCUAUCUUCACUACGAAGAAAAACGUAACGUCUAGGAAACGAUGCUUCUUGUGUCAUUUGUUUUCAAUAAGCAGCUGGCUCAUUACACAAAAGCAAAAUCAGCAACGAACUACCGAAAUAUUUUUCUACAGAUUUCUCACAUUCCAGCGAUGUUGAAGCUGACUCAUUCCUUGAAAUUUUUUUCCAAAGAUAACUUCAGUCAAGAUUUUGACUCGGGG